GGCUAACCGACGAGCCGCCAAUAUGGCUGCCCAUGUGCAAAAUCCGGUUCCGCAACAAAUGCUAAUCCACCUAAUCAACCUGCCCCACGUGCACGAGCUCCCAUGUCGCCACCGGAUCUCUAUUUAUUUGAUCCAGCGCACCAUCUUGCAGGAGCAUGGCUGGCCACGCUUAGAGCACAACAGUACGACGAUCACGAAGCACAGAUCAACAUUCCGGCUCGACUGGGAGGAGACGCUCAUCAUUGGUUUAGUACCUAUGUAUGGGUGGAUCUCCCGAUCUUCGAACGGGACUUUAUGAACCGAUUCGAUUAUGUUCAAUCUGAGCAAGCACUAUACAUGAUCAAGGACCGAGUGCAGAAACCGCUCGAAUCUGUGGCGGAAUAUCGAAACCGGUUCUACAGAAUGUUCGUAAAAACUGAGCGAGGUGAGCAAGUAGGGAGAGAUCUGUUCAUUGACGGACUCCGCAGCCGAACAAUAAGGGCUAAGUUGCGAAAGCAGUUUUUCCCUAUCACCCAUACGCUACAACAAAUUAUGGCUGUUGCGGAAGAAAUAGAACUGAAGUUCGCGGCGAACUUCCUGGACGGAGAAGAUUACCCUGGAGACGGAGAUUCGACAGAGCUCGCUCGAGCAAGAGCAGAGCUGGCUGCUUUACAGAACAAAUUUGAAAACAUGGGGUUUGUAUCAGGACCUGUCACCUAUAUGGAACAGAUAGGCCCCAAACGAGUAAUCCUAAGGGAGACUCCGAGCAUCUUUGCUCCUAUGAUGCCCCCACCCGUCAGGGCGCUACCCCCACCACCAGUUGAGGCUCCCGCACGAACGAACGAAUCGGCGGCCAUUUUCGAACUAACCAAAACCUUGAUUAGUUUGAUCCAGGAAAGCAAAAAGGAGCAGCGAGAGCACAAUGCUCGGUUGGAAGCCAUGAUGAGGAACAUGCGGCCCAUUGCGUUCUUCUGCACUGCGGGUGUAUACGGUGCGGCAAAGUUCCGAUUCACGAGCAAUCCCCAGGUAGUGGUGCUAGCCGAGGCAAUGACGUUCCAACGGCGAGCUGCCCCGGGAAUCAGCCACGUGUCUACCGUGGUAGUCUUCAGCGGCGACAUCACCGCCUUCGAUCCGGCGCGGCAAGCCGCCAUCAAAAGCACCUUGUACCGGUGGGGUCGCGAUCUGGCCACUGAUUGGGAUCGACGGCUCACAAGGCACGGUGACGAGUGUUAUCAUGUCGACGACAUCGAAGUCAACACGCUGCGCACGACGCUACGCGAGUCGUCCUCCCAGAACUUGCUCCCUUCCAGCCGCGCAGAUGAGCCGCGCGCCGAUCUCGACCAGAAGAGGAGGCCGAAGAGGAAUCGGAAGGAGGCCGAAGAGGAAUCGGAAGGAGAACUGAGGAGGGAGGCCGAGGAAGCAGCGGCCCGAUUGGCCGAAGACGAAGAAGAAGAAGAAGAAGAAGCAGAGGAGGAGACUUCAGAUGAAGAGGAAGAGGCCUAUAGCGAGUACAGCGAGGGCGAGCAAAGUGAGGAGGAGGACGAAGACGACGAAGAAGUGGAAAGUGGGGGCGACCAGGAGCCAAUGCACGACGAGCUCGAGCGGGUGCCAGGACCGGAUCGGUCUUUGGAGAGAGAGCCGGCGGCGAAGAAGUACAGGAAGGUUAUUGGUAUGCAAAGAGUUGCGCCAUGGAACAGUGUUUUACUGAAGACCAGCCAGGCUGAGGCAGCAGGCGACCCUCCCACUAAACAUCAAGGCUGUGGCAAAAUGAAGUCACCAUCAUCACAGUCCAGCUCUUGGCGGGCCUCUUCACAUGGGUCCCCCACUCGUGACCCCUUGGUUUCCCGGUCAACGGUGGCAACUGUGCUGAGGGAGGCCAGGGCUUCUCUUAAGCACCCAUCUCGACCUUACACGCCGCUGGAAGAUAUGCGCCAGUUGAGGACACGGAAUAAUGCAAACCAUUUGGACAUUUCAGCACCAGUGACGAAUGCUUCUUUUUCCCGAUCGCGGUGGUCUCUUGAUCCUGCAAGGGAUGUGGCUGGUGCUAUGGAACUGGGACCAUCACAACAGCAGUCACGGCAGCCGGCUGCAUGUGCGCGCUCCCCUUAUGCAGCUGCCAUCCCCGCAGUCUCACCUCGCAGACAUCCGAUGAUACAGGGCAAAAACUGCGAAUUGCUUCGGACUUCUUCGUCAUCGCAGAAUGGAGCUUCAACAAGCCGGAGUCAUCGUCGACCUUGUGCUCCUCGUCGGCCCAUAGGGUCAAGCCAUCCACUGCGGCGGAAUGCACCUCUUCCCUUGCCACAACUAAACGACAAGAGAGGUGACAUUCCAACUGUCCCCGAAGGCCGUCACAAUGGCAAUGAGUUGCAGGGUGCUCAUGAAUCUAUGUGUGUCUCAGAGGAGAGAGGCUCAUCUCGUCACUUGGAGAUUCGUCACUCCCUGUCUCAGAACUUGGAACCUAAUGUCCUCAAUCCACCGCAGAGGAGGGAUCGUGAUGGUCGGCUAGAAAGAGCUUUAACUGCCGCUGAUCCCAAGGUUGAGUAUUCCCAAGGUAGGGUUGUUGAGGUCACAGACCGUGAUGAACGCCUGGGUGCUUGUGGACCUGUUGUGCAGCAAUCUGCAGUGAAAGGUCGCGAGUCAUUUGAUCAUCAAAGGAGUCAAGCCGUUGCUGGUCCUGAUAUAGGAGGUAGAGCUGCUUCUAGUAGUGCAAGAAGUGGUCCUGAAACGCUGGACAGCGGAAUUAGUGAGUUGCAAGAAAUCAGGUCCAUGGAUGGGCAUCUGAAAAGAAGCAAAGUUACUAGUGAGAGUGUGUUGACUCACGAGGAUGCGAGGUAUCGAGGCAAGAUAGAGAAUACCAUCGCUAAUGAAAUGACAAACGGGAUGGCAUGUGAAUCCGGUGUAAGGGAUGCUAAUGCUCAUGCCUGUGGGGUGAUCCCUCUCUCAACAAGCGGGGGACGUGGCUGUGAAUGUACCCCAUCAGAAGGUGCUCAACCUCUCACCCCUCAUAAUUGCCCCAAAUAUGAAGAAGGGCUGCUAGGUAAUUCGUUGUUUGGUUAUUUCUGCUCUCCCGGCAGCAGCAGCAGCGGUAAUAGCAGCAGUGACAACAUCACAUUACCGCGAAUUGCAUUAAACACGUAUCAUUCCAGAAGUUCAACAGGCCAAUCUGCAGGUCUUAACGGCGUUGUUCAGUCAUCAAACUUCCAAGAGGUGUUAUCCCAAGGGAUAAGGGCUCCAGAUCAGACAGACAGUAGUUGUGGUGCCUCUUCUCAAAGAGGAAGUACCACAGUUUGCCAGGAAAACCAUUCUUUUCAUAAUGCAAACUCCUUUCAUUCUGUCCAUUCAGAGAGUACGUGGCAGUCUACCAGAGUGUCUGCUGAGGCAAUACAAGAUGACCCACGUGUGAAUGGGUUGCUGGACACCUCCUCAGGGAGAAGGGAAGCUUGGUCCCGCAGGAGGGGGUACGGGCUCAUAGGAGGAACAAUGCCAGGGUAUGGUAAUGUCUAUGAAAACAGGAGCGAUUUCAACGAUAGGACCGUUCAUCCUUUGCAACCGAGUCUGAGAGAUGAUAUCAUGAGUGAGCGAAUGCGAUUUGCUGGGCAAAAUGGAGACACUAAUGAAGCUGGUGGUAUGGGAACAGAGUUUGACCUUGUGUUUGACCAUGAUUCUGUGUUUGGGAUGGAGAAUGAAAUGAACUGUAUGAACUCAGCAAGCUUUGUCCCUAGUGGCCCAUAUGGCUUCAGUAUGGGGGAAAUGCUGGCGCAGCAAGCAAAUCUGGUGCAUGGGCGUUGGUUAGUUGAAGAGGUCAGCCCUGCUGAGCAUGUUGAAAGGAGGGGCACAACAUUUGUUGGAUGGGAAGCUGGUGAUGGUGGUCUUCAUGGCCCCUUGUUUGGUGUCAACCCCUUUUCAGAGGCUGAAGUCAGCGCACGGAGGAGGUUGAGUCCUGUUCCCAGGCAACCUCCACAGCAGGUGGAAGAUGCGAAGCCAGCAAGCCGAAAUCAGGACACAACCUCUUCACUCCCACCCUUGCCCCCUACCCCAAUGGUGGCUUUCACAAGGAAAUCGACAGAACCAGGACUGCUGUCAGCAUAUUCUAUUCUUAAGACGAAUGGUGGUGAUUCAGAUCCCUGUUGGCUGGUUAUUGAUAUGGGCGGAUGGCGUCCAGAUGACAGCUCUGACUACAAUGGUAAUGUUCUGGAACCUUGGAGUCUUCCUCUUGCAGAUCCAAGUUGGGAAUCUGGUGUCUACAACAGUGAGGACUUCUGUGCCGCGCACAGUCUUGAGAUGCAUAACCAUCAUUACCAUCAUCACUAUCACCAUCAUCACCACUACUACCCACAAGGGCAGGUGACUGAGUUUCACCAACAUGAUCACUAUCAUUACCAUUGCACUGAUCCACGUCAUGCUGGAAUGCCAUUUGAUGGCCCCUUACAGGGUGCACAUCAGUAUUGCUAUCCUGCAUGCCAUCAGAAUGUAGCCAAUCCCUACGAGGACCAGCACGAGCCGAGAAGGUCUCAAGAGGGUACAAUGCAAGAACAAAGCCUUGGGAUGGAGGGGUCCGUAAGCAUUCAGCAAGAGAGGAACAUACCCUUAAGCAGAGAAGGUGGGCAAACCGAACCACUUGCCACCCCCAUUUCUGGUGAUUCACGAGUGAGAUGGACAACCACCAUGCAGGGAUCUUUGACUGGGCAUGCGGAAGAUGGUCAACAGACGCAGGAGAUGCCAGAGGUCGGCUGCAAUGUUGAGAUGCCGUGUAAUCGCAGGGAGUCCUCUACAUUUACAGGAAGUGGAUGUGCUCAGCAGUUACCAAUUGGAAGUGAAGAGAAGCCAAAGGACAUAGUUUCAACAGCGGGGGAAAGACAUGUGCCAUUGGAGGACACGAGUACUGGGCAGAGCUGCCCAAUUAACCCAGAUCUUCUGCAUCUGAGGCAUUAUGGCAAUCAGGGAAUGUGGUUGGGCUCAGUGACAAGAGCAGGAAGAGGACGGGCAGAGGGAGGAGGUGACGAGAGUAGCGGUGAGGGAGUACAAGGAGCGAAAGAGGGUGUUGGAGUCAGAGGGGAGGACCGCUCGGCCGUGUUGUUGGAGACAAUCGAUACCAAUAGUUUGCAGGGAGCAGAGGCUGGAGUGGAGGGAGUGCACCCAACCUCUGUUCGUAAACAAUCUGGAAUGCAGUGUCCUGGUCCAGGAGUCAGGAAGUGGCAUGGCACGAAGAAUGGGCAGCAUCAGGACAAAGUUGAGGGCAAAGUCGGAUGCAAGGAGAAGCGAAGGAAAAGGAAAGGGGGAAGAAGGAGAUUGGAAGAUGAGCUUGUGGUGGUGCUCCGAGACUUGGUGAAGAUCAGUGAAGGGCUUGGGCUUACAAAAGGGAGGACAAAGCUGAUGGGCAGAAUACAAGUCCGGAAUGCAAAGGUGGGAUUGGCUGUUCGAAAUGUAAAUGGAUGCAGGAGCUUAGCAAACUAUGGCACUCGUGAUGGUGAUGAUGAUGAUAGUGAGGAUGGCCUUACCGGAAAGAAUUGUGUUGCUGGCAAGGAAGGGCAGGUAUUUCAAAAAGAGCAUGAAAUGGGUAGGAGUAGUGGGUACGAGAGGGAUGCCAACUUGGAGGGUAGCUUUAGCGAGCGGGAGAGUGCUAACAUGAAUAUGAAUAUGCGUGGUAGAAAGCACGAGAAGAAGAUUUCUCUCACACUGCAUAAAUUAUUGAGCUCUCUCAAGAUGCUGGAAAGGUUCAUAGACACAAGUAACCAGGAUCAGUUGUUGGGAGCCUUUGCUGCCCUGGUCGAGGACGUAGAGCAGGUGACGAUGGAGCAGUGUGCUGUUCCACAAGUGGACAAAUGUGAAUCUCGUUCUCAAGAGAGGGGAGGAACUGACAGGAUGUUUCAUAAUGGUAAGCAUUCCAAUAAGCAGCAGCAACAAUUCCAGGAUUGUAUCCACUGCUGGAUGGAAUCUGGUGAUGGUGCAUGUAGCAAGUGUUCCAUGCCCACAUGCCAUUCCCUUGGCGAACGGAUAUUUACCCAGAUCACAUUGUUCGUGGACGUGCAUGUCUGGGAUUCGUUUCAAGUGCCAUGCUCAUGCGUGACGAGCUGCACCACACAUCUACUCCCAUCAGCCACAGCAACCAUGUCAUGUCCAAUACUGUCAUCAUCAUCCUCUUUCUCUUCAUUCUCCUCCUCCUCCUCCUCAUCAUCAUCACCCCCUCCCUCCUCCCCAUCAUCAGAGGUGUUGUUGGCACAAAGCCUUCCAUGUGUAGUGGCACCUAUGGUUCAGUAUUCAUCACCCUCCUUUCCAUCAUCCUUGGUGACGACGGGCAUGAUGAGAGUUGCAAAGCUGGUUCUGGUCAUAGGAAGCAAACUUUACAGACGUCAUGAGGAAGGUCACUCUGCUGCCUGGAAGAGUCCGUGCAACCAUGGAGGAAACCGAGGGGGGUGUUUCACAGACCAAGUGAGCGAGAGGUUACCUUUUAGCGCAGAUGCAGGCGCAGCCCUAAGUCAUGGAAACAGCCAUGCUGGUCCUACAUACAUGACGGACCCUCCUCUAAGACACAGCAGCGAUUGCAUUAGCGCCUCAUACCAUGGCCAAUGUGCGGACAAUAAUAAGAAUGGUUGCCCUGAUGCAGCGAAAGAGGCAUCUGCUACUGAUAUGGUCACUGGUGGGAUCAGCAGCUCUCAUUUCAGGCUGCCACAGGACAAAGAACAUGUCCUCAAUGAAGGGAAUGGACUGCAAAACUGUGUUUCUGAGGAAGGCAAGGUUCGACAACAAAAGCAAGGUACUGCUCAUUUCAGUGAGGCCAAACUACAUGAUAAGACUGGAUGCACAGUAUCAUGUGCAGUCCUGCACCAGAAGACAUACUCUCCGACCUUGAGUUCUCCUCAUUUGAGGUUGGGAGCUAUCCACAGUGCAUGUAUGCUCCUGUGUCACCUCAGCAAAGAGACAGCUAAUGAUCUUCUGUUCAGAGGGGAAGGGAUUCUUGCAACUGUCAUGGACACAUAUGCUAGAAUCGAGGAUGAGGGAAUCAAGGGUCAUCUAUUUGAAGGCGUUCCAGGUUGGGCAGUUCCAGAUGAGAGGGGCAAAGAGGUGUUAACUGUACUCUGUGCAUUGGCUCGGGUUCUUCGCAAUGUGACAACAGACAUUGCAAAUCAACGGGUUGUUGGGUUAAUGGGUGGGGUCAUCAAAUUGGCAUGCAGUUUGCAUUUCUUUACCACUUGGGCCAGCUCUAUUGCAAACCACGGCAAGUGUACUGGCAAUGGAGGGACUCAAUUAGUUGAUUCAUUAUCUGCCAAGGCUGUUCCAGAAAGCAGGCUCGGGAGCACGUCAAGAAGCAAUGAGCCCCCAACAGGAGAGGAGGAGGUGAACUUGAAGAAGUCCAAUGCAGCUGCAAACCCAGCUGUGACAUCUGCACCCACCAUGGAGGAUAGUGCAGUCAACCGAGACUCUCUGGUGGGCCAUCUGCUGCUCGAGAUUACAGGGACGAUUCGGAAUCUAGCAGUGCUUGGUGAGCAUGCGGUAUACUUUCUUGAUCAGCGGACUAUAGAAGCUCUGAAGGCUGCAAUGUGUGCUUUCCCUUUCAACAGUGCUCUAAUGCUGAACAUCACACGCGUCCUCUCCAAGCUCUCUCUUCAUGGCGUUGUCUGUUCGACCCUCGGAAAGGACAAAGAUUUGCUGAGCAAACUCGUACAUAUUUUAAAUUUGCACCACUGUAAUCCGGCUCUUAUACUUCGUGCAGCAUUUGUAUUUGGCAAUGUCACAAUGGCCUCUCAAGUGACAAGGACGAUCAUGGGCGAUGUUCCUAAGGCGAUUCCUACUCUCACAAAAAUUCUCUCAUUCUAUUUCCAUGCUAUGGGGAAAGGAAGGGGAUCUCCAAAAUCCAUGGUGAUAACGAAGAAUGUAAAACAAAUGGAUGGUAACACAGAAGAACAGGUGAUGGAAGAGGAGAGUGGAAUCGGGAUUAGUAGUGAGAGUGCUGGGGAGAGCAGCAAGAGUAACAAACUGAUACAGGGCAGUAAUCAAUCACGAGGACACCUGUGCCGAAGUGUGAAAGAUGGCUCAACUGGCUCCAAAGUAGUCCACUCUCGUGUUCAAGAUAACGGGACGAUUGCAGAUGACCACCACUGCUACAUUCCGCUGAAUAAUCAUUCACGUCUACGGGCAGGACCUGAGGGCCAUGGAGAAGAGUUUCAAGCUACCCAGUCUGAGUGCGUUGAGGUUCUCGUCAAGAUCAUCCGAGCAGUGGCAAAUCUGGCCAUUGAUCCUCGUCUUGGAGUACUUAUUGGAAGAGACGAGCAAGUUGCAGAUGUUCUGGCCGGGGUGCUGGAGCUCUUCGAGUUUGAGGAAGAAGAGGAGCUGGUUCUGAAUGCUGCUGCAGCCAUCACCAACCUUUCCUUCUACGAUGGCAUAGACAAUCAGAUUCUCAAGUGCCACGUCAGCAGUGCCACAAUGCCACAUCAGCAGUGCCCUGCCACCAUGAUAGGCUCAACUCUGGGCAUGCUAGGCCAACUGGCCAACGAGUCCAUUGCCGAGUACAAACAGCGGUUCCAGACUCAGCUCGCACUGAUCGAGGCCGAGGAACAGCGCCGGGUGACAGCCGAGGCUGUCCGCCUACAGGCUGAAGCGGCGGCAACAGCUAAGAAGCAGCGACUUCAAGUCGAAGCUGAAGCAGAUACCCAGGCACGCCGCAAGGAGGCCCAGGAUCUGCUACAGCGGCAUGAAUCCACCAGCAUAGAAAAGCUCAAGUUUUGGCACUUUGAACCAUCCGAGGAGCACGACGACGCGACACCGGAGGAGCAGCACAAGGAAUUCAUGGCCAAGCUCGUGACCCGGUUGGUCUACACUUGUAACCACAUGCAGUUCGAGCUGGCGAACCUCCAGCGGGCCGUACGGAACCACAAGGCUCAGCACGAGGAUGCAGCACAAGAAUCGGAACGAGUUGAUCACGUAGUCGCAAUGCUCGGCGACAUCAAUACCUUCGCUGCACCAGCCACCAUCAGCAAUCAGCUGGACACCAUGAAGACCGAGGUUCAGCAACUGCACCAGCUGCCUAACAAGGAUGGCAACGCCGUGCAACACUACAAGAUGCCGACAUUCCAAAUCCAGAAGUUCGAUGAUUAUACGCAUCAAGACCCAAUCUGGUUGAGCCACCUGGCAACCGUCGACGUCGCAGAUCUGAAAGAUAAGAUCUCUUGGGAAGAGUUAACACGGCUAUGGAAGAAGCGGUUCAUCGUGGACGACGCCCUGACGCUCGCCAUCAACCGCCUCUUCGGCAUGAUGCAAGGCAACACAUCGACACGUGACUGGCUCACGAAAUGGCAAAAGAUCGCGGCAACGCCCGAUCUUGACUUGCCAUUUUUGCAUCUGCGCCGCGAGUUCUACAACCGGUCAUGUGCCGCCUUGAGCCUUGCACUUGGUGAUUGCGAGCAAUACGCGACCUUCGCCGAAAUCAUCGACAAGGCAAGGGAGAUUAUCAAGACCAACAGGGCAGCUGCACAUGAGAAAUCAGCAUGGCAGCCAACCUAUGUGGAGAAGCUUCUCGACGCCUACGGCGACGUGUUCGAAGGCCCGCACGGAGUUGUACCGGACCGGCCCAUCCGCCACGAGAUCGUCGUCGAGGACGGGGCUAUACCUCCGCGUGGUUGCAUCUACCGAAUGAGCGAGGAAGAGUUAAGUGUGCUCCGGGCACAACUCGACGACCUUCUGGAGAAAGGCUGGAUUCGGCCUAGCUCAUCGCCAUACGGUGCUCCAGUUCUCUUCGUCCGGAAGAAGAACAAGGAUUUGCGGUUGUGCAUCGAUUAUCGCAAGCUCAACGCGCAAACGAUCAAAAAUGCCGGCCCUCUUCCAUGCAUCGACGACCUCCUUGAACGGCUAGGCGGCGCCAAGUUUUUCUCCAAGCUUGACCUCAAGUUGGGAUAUCACCAACUCGAGAUUCGGCAGGAGGACCGCUACAAGACCGCGUUUAAGACGCGAUAUGGGCAGUUCGAAUGGCUGGUUAUGCCAUUUGGCCUUACGAAUGCCCCGGCCACUUUCCAAGCGGCUAUGACAACGGAGUUCCGACACAUGCUGGAUCAAUUCGUACUUAUCUACCUCGACGACAUCCUGGUGUACAGUCGGAGUUUGGACGAGCAUGUGGAACACCUGCGCACCGUUUUGGAGCGGCUACGACAAGCCAAGUACAAAGCCAACCGCGACAAAUGCGAAUUCGCGCGGCAGGAGCUGGAGUACUUAGGACAUUAUGUGACGCCGCAAGGCAUCCGUCCGCUUGCGGACAAGAUCGAGGCCCUCCACGUAUGGCCCGAGCCCACCAACACCACGGACGUCCGUUCAUUCAUGGGGUUGGCGGGCUACUAUCAGCGAUUCAUCACCGCAUACUCAAGGAUUGCUGCACCUAUAACGAGAUUACAAUCGCCAAAGGUGUCAUUCGUAUUCGAUGACGACGCACGCCGGUCAUUCCAAGCACUUAAGACGGCGAUGCUCAUGGCACCCGUCCUUAGCAUAUAUGGCCUCACCCUGCCUACGAGAGUGACAACCGACGCUUCCAGCUAUGGCAUUGGGGUAGUCUUGGAACAGCACGACGGCGACGACUAGCACCCUGUGGAGUAUUUCAGCCACAAAG